AUAAGCAUGUAUUGCUCAUGGCCACCACACGAAGCGGCUCAUCAUUUGUUGGAGAAUUUUUCAACCAGCAUGGGGAGAACAUGUUCUAUUUGUUUGAGCCUUUGUGGCAUGUCGAACGAUUUCUUUUAUCCCCCGCAGGGGCGCGCAACACAUCAGUAUCCUCUGUCUACAGGGAUGUACUCCAGAAGCUCUUCCUGUGUGACUUUUCAGACCUUGAGAAGUUCAUCUCUCCCCCACCUCAGCAACAUGUCACCACAGAUCUUUUCAGCAGAGGAUCCAGCGUGUCUCUGUGUGACGAUCCUGUCUGCACUCCUGUAAUCAAACAUGUUUAUGAACGAUAUCACUGUAAGAAUCGUCAAUGCGGACCUCUAAACUUCACUCUUGCAUCUGAGUCCUGUCUUUCCAAAAAAUACCAUACCAUUAAAAGUGUCAGAGUGAUUCAUCUGGACACACUGAAGCCUUUCGUAGAGGACCCAAGGAUGGAUGUCAGAAUUAUCCAGCUAAUUCGAGACCCACGGGCUGUUUUAGCAUCGCGCAUGGUGGCUUUCCCUUCAUUUUAUGAGAAAUGGAAGGCCUGGGCGCAGGACGGCCAGGUGCCCGAAGAUGAUGUGGAGAUGAAGAAAUUCAAGGAAAGAUGUGACCACCUCAGGGUUUCUGCAGAGCUGGGACUCAGCCAACCCUCCUGGCUAAAGCACCGCUACAUGUUGGUGCGUUAUGAAGAUAUCGCCCGUUAUCCUAUGCAGAAGGCAGAGGAGAUGUACAAGUUCACGGGGAUCCCAUUCAGUUCCCAAGCAAGAGAGUGGAUUCUGAAGAACACACAUACUACUAGAAAAGUCACUGGACUUUACUCCACCCUGAAGAACUCAUCAGAGCAGUCAGAGAAAUGGAGAUUCAGCAUUCCUUUUAUACUGGUUCAAGUUGUGUAG